GUGAGGUUAUGUGAGGUGACAAGCCUGACAGAGCGCAAACGGUUAUCUCGAAGGAGUCAACAGAGGAGGAACGUGGGCUGGAAAUACUUUGUGAUAGGCUAAGAUCGGUGGGUGGGCUUCCUUUUUUUUUUUCCUUUUUUUUUUUUUGCUGGAGAGGUGGAGUGUGAUGCUGUGAGAAAAGCAUCGUCGUAGCCACGGCCAAGCCUCAUGAACUUCUAAAUGCACGUUGAGAGAAUUAAUUAAAGGUUUUUGUGUUAGUGGCUUCACUAGGAAGUCCCCCUCUUAGCCCUGCUAGGAGAACUUGUGGGAACUGAAGUAAUCUCCCCUCAGGUUUGCUAUGUGGGAACGAUAUUGGGAGAGCUUUGGGGAGUUUUGUAAGAAUUUGGGCCUAAAGCAUCAGCUUUACUACUUCAGGUAUCCACGCUCAUUACUGUCUGCUCGUGCCUAACGCUGCAGACUUGCAUGCGGUUUUUUACAGCAGUUUGUCAGAUACAAGUGACAACAGCACCAGCCUUGUAGCUCAUGCAGUGUAUAAGAAAGUUACUGUUUCUGUAAUUCCUAGUACUACACCUAAAAUUUUUACUUAGGCCCAACUUUAAAUUCUCAUAGGUUAAACCCAGAGAUAUGGAGGAAAUUUUUCUAUUUGUGUGUGAAGUUAUUUGGCACUGUGUUGGUGCUGGGAACAAGAAGUGCUGAAGUGACCUCAAGGUAACCAGUCUUGCAAAUAAGCUGGUUUAAGUUGUUGAGGUUCAGCGUGGCACGUGGAUCUGUCCAUUUACAGAUAUAUAUUUUUUUAAAUCUUUCUUGCUUUCUUAUGCUUCAUUUUAGGGAACACCAGACUUUUAAGUAUCAUCACUUCUGUAGCUAUGUUGCUGUAUAUUUUUCUCAGAUUUAAUCACUUGGGAAGUGCUUUACCAGAAAUAAUUUGGAACUCUGUGGAGAAAUCUCUAAUGCUUUUGAAAAUAAGGCUGGAGCCAUUGGCUGCAAGGAAAAUAACUUUAAGUGUUUGUGAUUGAGGCUGAGUUAAUAUUAAAGAACUGUAACGUGUAACAGGUGAUUUGCUGUUUGAAGUAUCCUCAGAGAAAAAACAUAAAGGGUGGUUGUUAGCAAUUAUUAGGUACAUAGGUUCUUCUGAUGUUACUAAUGAAACAAAUGUCAAAGUGGAAUUAUGUUUUGCCUCCCUAAAACCAGGAUGCAGGUUGGUACUAUGUCUGUCUAAAAUCACUCUUUUUCACUAAGACAGUUAUAAUAUUUGUGCUUUAAAGGUUCGUUGAAAACUACCCUUUCACUAAUCCUUUUCCUUCUUUUUGGACAAAGUCAUGAGGAGACUUGUUGGCGAUAGAAGACUUUAUUGGCAGAAGAAAGGCAGUUUUGGUUGUGACAGAAUUAACAGAUACUUCCUGGAAUGUCUGUGGAUUAGACUGUGUCACUUCUGUAAUGCGGAUAAGCCAUGUCUGUUCCAGCUGAUGAAACGGUGGGGGACCUGCCUGUGAGAGACGUGGGUCUAACUCUAGUUGGAAUCGGAGGAUUACAUGAAUCAACUACACAGAAUGUUAAAGCUCGACAAGCUAUAUCACGAAUCAGUCGACAAGAGCUGGAAGACAAAUUUUUUCGCUUACGUGAUGAGAACAUCUUACUUAAGCAGCAUGCAAACAAGCAAGAGGAGAAGAUUAAAAGAAUGGCCACCAAGUUAAUACGGCUUGUUAAUGAUAAAAAAAAGUCUGAGCAGGUUGGUGGCGGCCCCAAGCGGCUGGGUCAGGCUGUGGAGCUGGAAGAAAUGAUUGAGCGCUUGCAAGAGAGAGUUCGUGAGCUUGAGAAACAAAACGAGAGUCUCCGUGGCAAGCUCAUUUCAACCAAACAGCAAUUCCAGAUCCAAGGCCACAGGCCUAAUUCAUAUAACCAUGUUCAAUCUCGUAUUAACACGGGACUCAAAAAAGUGAAUGAUGCUGCUGGCAUGCUGGAGCACCCAAAAAAAGGAAUGAGAUUUCAGGAUUUAAAAGUGAGAUCACCUCACCUUUUUCUCCCAAGAAAUGGCCAGACUCUGCUUGAGGAUGCGAGGGCUGAAAUACGAAAUCUGGAAAUUGUGAUUGGUUCCCAAAAGAAACACAUUGAGGAGCUAGAAUAUGCCAGAGAGAUGCUUGGGAGUCAGCUAAGAAAGAAAGAAAAGGAGAUUGAAGAAUCUAUCCUACAGCUGAAGGAGCAAGAAACAGCAAGCCAAAGGCUAAACAUCCGGGACAAUGUGGAAAUGAUCAAGGUCCGUAAACAGCUGGUUGAGAAAAGCAAUGCACUUUCAGCAAUGGAAGGAAAACUUCUCCAGCUUCAAGAGAACCAAAGGAACCUGAAGGCUAGCCAUGAUGCUUUAAUAGCAAAAGGUGAUGAGCUAAAUCUACAGCUUAAAGAAGAGCGGUUGAAGAGCCUGAAUCUUGAAAAAGAAUUGCAAGCAGUGACUAUUUCUAAGCAAAGGACAGAGGAGUUACAAGAAAGAAUAAAUGAUCUGGAAAAAGAGAAGGAACUCUUGAGGGAAAACUAUGAUAAGCUGUAUAACAGGCAGCUGACUUUAGGCUCUGCAUCUUUCACAGAUUUAAAAGAAAUCAGUGUCUUCAGUGUGACCCACGAACAGCAAUGGAAAUUAAAGGAAGAGCAACUGAAACUGCGAAUUGCUAAACUAGAAAGUGCUAUCAAAUCUGAUUUAGCAGACAAAAAUGAAAUCCUUGACAAGAUCAAAGUAGAAAGAGACCAAAAGGAAAAGCUGAUGCAAGAGAACAAAGACCUGCAGACAUGCUAUCUGGAAAAUAAGCAACAACUAGAUGAACUGAAAAAUCACAUGAAAUGUUUGACCAAGGAAAGCGAUGUUGAUGCGACAGAACUCAAUGAAGCUCUCUUGCUUAUAAAGGUUCGAAAGCAGCAGAAGAAUGGGGACCUUAUGUUUUUGGAAAAAGUAGAUGAUGAUAUCAAUAAAGAUUUGGAACGCUCAAUGAGGGAGCUGCAAUUAACACAUGCAGAAACAGUGCAAGAACUUGAAAAGACGAGGAAUAUGUUAAUUGUACAGCAUAAAAUUAACAAAGAUUACCAGACUGAAGUUGAAGUUGUGACACACAAGAUGGAAAGUCUACAGAAAGACUAUGAGUUAAAACUGGAAAAGUAUGUCCAUCUUCUUGAUAUUAGGGCUGCACGCAUCAGAAAACUAGAAGCUCAACUAAGAGAUGUUGUUUAUGGUACUAAACAGCACAAAUUCAGACCGGAAAUACUGCCAGAUGAUUCAGUAGAUGAAUUUGAUGAAACUUUGCAUUUGGAAAGAGGAGAGAAUCUUUUUGAAAUUCAUAUCAGUAGAGUGAUCUUCUCUUCUGCAGCUGUGCAUGCUUUUGGUGACCAUGAGCCUGCAAGUUUUUGUACUUACGCAUUCUAUGACUUUGAACUUCAAACAACCCCAGUAGUGCGUGGACAAAACCCAUUAUACGACUUCACUUCUCAGUAUCUUGUACAGGUUGAUGACUGCUUCUUGCACUACAUACAGAGAAACAGUAUCACACUUGAGGUUCAUCAUGCAUAUGGCACAGAUUAUAAAACAGUUGCUGCAUGCCAACUGAAGCUCCAUGAAAUCCUGGAAAAGAAUGGGAAGAUCUACAGCACAGCAGUUUUAGUUGGAAUCAAAGGAAACAUCCAAAAUUAUGGUACUGUAGAAUACUGGAUCAGAUUACGGGUUCCUAUGGAUCAAGCUAUUAGUCUUUACAAAGAGAGGUCUAAGGCUCUGGGGUACAUAACAUCCGGUUUUAGGGAACAUGAACAAUCAUCCCAGCAGCAGAUACUCAGAACUGCCCAAGUCAGCACUUCAACAGAUGGCAAUUUAAAUGAACUCCACAUUACAAUAAAAUGUUGUAACAGUCUACAGUCCCGAAAAAAACAUCUUCAGCCAAAUCCAUAUGUUGUCUACAAGUUUUUUGAUUUUGCAGACCAUGAUACUCCCAUCAUUCCUAGCAGCAACAACCCAGAAAUAGAUGACCAUAUGUGUUUCCAAGUGCCAAUGAAUGCAGAUUUAGACCGAUACCUAAAAUCAGAAUCCUUAACAUUUUAUGUAUUUGAUGAUGGUGAAACAGAAGAAGGUGGUUAUUUAGGGAAAGCCAGUGUGCCUCUUAUUUCUUUAGCACAUGACAGAUCUAUUUCAGGUACUUUUGAACUUACAGAUUCUGAAAGACAGGUUACUGGUGCUAUCAGAGUUGAACUAAAAUGGAAAUUUGCCUACUUACCACCAAGUGCCUCUGUAAUGGCUGCAGACUUAAGGAAUUACAUUCAAAAUGAGGAAUCAAUGGCAAGUAAAUUACUAGCAGAGGAAGAAAUGCAGAAUCCAGUCCCGUCUCCUCUUACUGCAUCAGUGACAGUACCAAUACCCAAACCAAGGCACCGUGCAGCUCAAACAGAGAAGAAAGUAUCUUUUCUGGAUGCUAGUUCAAUACAGAUGGCAGGCUCUGUUGUUGAAAAUGACAUGGAACAUACACGGAAGAUAAAGGCUUCAACAGGUCCAAGCACUUUAGAGGUUAAACAAGAAAGGCUGGCAGAUGGUAAGGUGAAGGAGGUUGCUGAAGAAAUUCAACAAGAAAAAGAAGACCUCUCACAUCUUUCAGAAGGGCAGUUGGCUGACCAAAGCCUAGUUACCUCUGGAGAUGAGACAGAAGUAACUGAAGAAUUGGAAUCGGAAGCAGAUCAAGAUGAUAAAUAUACAAAUGAUGCCACUGAAUCAAUAAUAACUGACAGCGAUGACUGUAUUGUUGCAAGUCCGGUAUCCAAGAAUAUUAAACAGGCAACUGAAAAAAUCCGGAUUGAAAUUAUAUCACUUGGUCUUACUGAGUCACGAAUUGCAGCAGAUGAAACAAUACAACAGCUGUUUGUAGAGUGCAGAUUAUACAACUUAGUUGUAGAAGAGACCCCAGUGUCACUUCCAAAGCCAACAAUUGGUCAGAGGAUUCACUAUAACUACAGCAAUGUGAUACAUGUGGAUAAGGCAAACAAUCGUGCAAGAAGAGAGUAUCUCAAGUCUAUACUUCAAAAACCAGAUCUAAACGCUGACAGUCUACUAUUUACAGUGGUUACCGAUCCCCCAGAAGAUGAACAGGAUCUUGAAUGUGAAGAUAUUGGGUUUGCUUAUGUCAGUUUGAGAGAGAUAUUCCAGAAGGAAAGGGACGUCAUCGAGCAAGAUAUUGAUGUUUUUGAUGCAGAAGAUGAUAGUGCAGUAAUUGGAAAGCUCAAAGUAACAGUGGAAGCCCUCCAUGCACUGCGUUCAGUCUAUGAGGAAUGCAAAGAUGACUAGGAGGCAUGAAAGGGAAGUUUGCCUACAGAAGUUCCUUCUCCCAGUGUAAAUACAUGCUUGAUAGUGCUUCAAAGAUGAGAUCGUUGUAAUUCAUAUGGUAUAUUUAAUGUAUAAUUUAUACGAAAAGGACUCUUGAUUUGUAGUUGUAAAGUUUUGUAUACUUUUCAGUCUGUUUGUUUUUAUAUUUCCCCCCUAAGGCUAAGUAUCUCUCCACAAUGGACAACGUCUUGUAAAUAAUUAAUACCUACAUGAUUGAAUGAUGUGCUUUAUUUGCAUUUUCAACAUUUUUUCCUACAUAAAACAGUAAUAAAAAUGCAAGUCAAAUUUUUAAUUUUUAAUAAAAAAACCAUAAGCCUCAGAAAACUGAUUAAAAAUACUUUUAUGUUAUCCCUAAUCACCCCACUAAAUGGAAUGCCUGUGAUUAGCCUCAUUAAGAAUUUUAUACUGUGAAGAUUUUAUUAAAAGCAAUAUAUGAAAAUUACUUGGAUUAAUGUGUUAAUCUGCCUCUUUAAAAUGCUAAUAUCCAUUUUAUGCACAUUAAAUCUCAGUAUGUGUUUUCUUUGAUGCAUGCAGUUCCUAUCAAUUAAAUAUAAAAAAUGAGGCUAGUUGCAGGACUUAUUAAAUUACUGCAACCUUUUUUAAAUAACUUUUGCCCUUCUACUAACAUUAUAAUCAGCUGUUUAUGAUUAUCAUGAUUUGAAGUAGGGGGGAGGGCAGGCACAAUCAUUUUUCUAUACAGUAGAAGAUUUACUUUCAGCCAACAUCUGUCAAAGCACAAAAAGAAGCCAUAAAGUAUCAGAUUUUGCUUCACAUAGUUUGAGCUGUGGGGACAGGCAACUGCGUUUUUGUUUGUUUUCUGUCACUUUUAGAACUUAUAUCAAACAUACAGUGAAUUGUUGUAUCUGAAUAACCAGUGUCUAGCUUGGAAAGUUAAUUUUCUAGCUUUUAACCAAUCUCAAUGAAGGAUUUAAUUGAUAUUUUUAAUGGAGCUGUGAAUCAGUGCUGCAAAAGGAUUGUCUCUUGAGAACGAGGAUAUAAUACAUUUCAUUUUUUAAUUUACUUUUUUAUUUGUCGUUUUCUUCAAAGGGUUUUAUAGGCUGUGGGUUUCCACUGUUUGCAAACAGGCUAUGUUUCUUUAUAAGCAUAUGUAAAGUAUUCAGAGAGAUAAGUAAUUUAUUAAAAUCUACCUAAUUUGCCGUGAUAUAUUAAAUCUCUGCUUCAGUGAUCACAGACCAUUUCAUUUAGAGAAUUAGGCAUUCCCUCUUUGUGUGAUUAAAGCUCUGGAAAAUGAGUUCUUUGCUCCUAUUUGUGAACAUUCAAAGCCUGCUAAUGGCAAGAAGAUGGAAUAGAUUAUGAGACAAUUCAUUACAGUUCAACAGGAGAAAAAAAAAGUAGCUAUAAUGCAGAAAUGCAAGUAUGAAUAUCUGCAUAUAGUUUGAACCAUCUGUGCUCUAAUGGCUUCAGUAAUGGCUCUUCGUCUUCAGUAGGCUUUGAAAUGACAUCCAUACAAUAUUAAUUUGUUGAUGUACAUUAUGAGGCCAUUGGAAUGAAUAUAUUCUGACCACAGAAAUCUUGAAAUUCCACCAUGAACUGAUUGUUGACUCCAUUUUAGGACCUACUAUCUUCAGGAAUAGUGCUUCUCAUCCAGCUUUCGCCAAUCCUCGCAGUAUUUCAUGGCUCUGGAACUUGGAGGAGACCACAGACAGCUGCAUUCCUAAACCCCUCCAUUCUUCAGUUAAUGGCCAGAUGUUUGUUGUCAUUCGGGUUGGCUCUUAGUUCAUUGUUUUGGCCACUAUUUCUAGCUUUUUUUGGCUCUGCGCAUCUAUAUUGUCAAUAAGACUGUUAUUAUACAUUACAAUAAUUUGAAACAGCUAGAUUCAACACUGAGAUUAACCGAGUGGCUUUUUAGAAAUUUAGUUGCGGUAUUCUGCCAGGAGGUUCUUAUUAUUCUUCUAAUACUUUGCAAACCAAACUAAAUAUCCUCCGCAUAAACAAAGAAGCAAAUUGUCUUGAUUUUUUUUGUGUGUGACUGUUUACUGACUUGCAGGAGAACUAUGUAACUGGUGCUUGUUUUCUUCUGAAAUAAGCCAUGUGGUAAAAUUAGAAAAUCGGUGAUGUUCAUCUCACUUAAACGUUUACAGUAACACCCUUAGCACUUAAUCUUCGCCAUCUGAAGCUGAAAACUUAGAAACCAAGCAUUCGUAUAUUCAUUAAACACAGACCUCUUUGGUAAGUUACUGCAAAAUAUUCCAGUUGACAUUUGGUUACAUCGUGUUAACUGUUCUCAGUGACUCCAACAUUACCAUGCAUAAUUUGCCUCAGGUUGCUGAGCACAUUUCUUUGUAAGUCUCACUAUUAUCCAAGUUUUGAUUUAAAACAAAAUAAAAAAUAAAAAAAAUUGAAAACUUGA